AUGGAAGGGCGCGCGGCGACCGCGGCGGAAGCGGCGGCGGCGGAAGCGACAACGGAGGCGGGUGCAGAGGUGGAAGACGAGGAGAGAGAAACUAUGGCGGCGGCCAUGGCAGCCAUUGCGGCGGGGGGCGCGGGCCCGGCCGUGCUGCAGGUGGCCGGCCUCUACAGGGGUCUGUGCGCCGUACGCAGCCGCGCCCUAGGCCCAGGCCUCGGCCUGGGCCUCGUGGGGCCUGAACAACUGCGGCUCUUCUCCGUACGCCGCAGCUCCGGGAGCGGUGGGGAGGAGCUCGAGACUAACCCUUACUUUGACAAGUACCGAGACAAGAUCCAGAAACUGCGCAGGUCUGACCCUGCAGUCUUCAAGUCACGCCUGGAAAAACGGAGCGAACUACAGAAGCAGCCUGUGGGACACUCCAAGCAAGCCGACUUUAUCAAGUGUGUGGAACAGAAGACGGAAGCCCUGGGGAAACAGUCUUUGAAGAGAGGAUUCACCAAAGACAAGACUCUCAGCUCCAUUUUCAACAUCGAGAUGGUGAAGGAUAAGACUGCAGCAGAGAUCCAGCAGAUUUGGCAGCAGUAUUUUGCAACAAAAGAUACCGUCUAUGCUGUUAUCCCUGCAGAGACAUUCGACUUGAUCUGGAGCCGGGCCCAGAAGUGUCCGUCUUUCCUCUGUGCACUCCCGAGGAGAGAAGGCUACGAGUUCUUUGUGGGACAGUGGUCAGCUUCCGAACUCCACUUCACCGCCCUCAUAAACAUCCAGACUCGAGGAGAAGCAGCAGCAAGCCAGCUCAUUUUAUACCAUUUCUCAGAGCUCAAAAAGGACAAGGGCAUCGUGCUCAUGACAGCAGAGAUGGACUCCACUUUUCUGAAAGUCCCCGAGGCUCAGUGCAUCGCCAACCAGGUACAGCUCUUUUAUGCCACUGACCGCAAGGAGACCUUUGGCCUGGUAGAGACAUUUAACCUCAGACCCAACGAGUUCAAAUACAUGUCCGUCAUUGCAGAACUGGAGCAGAGUGGGAUUGGCGCUGACCUGAAGCUCCCACAAAAACCGGACACAGCCUAGAGCUGAGGCCAUUGUACUGAUGCUGUCGGCCAGUCCUAGGAAGGGGUCCAAGGAAAUCAGGCAUCGUACACACACACGUACACUCAUGAACUCACACACACAUCCUCUCGUGUGCCCCCCAGUGUGUUUAUUGUGGGGAGGGGGAUCCCAGAGUUGGCACCCUGAUUCUUGGCCUUUAGAUCUCAAAGAGUGACGUCUUCUCAGAAUUCUCUUCCAGCCUACUCUGGCGCUUUGGGGGUUGUGAGUGGAAGCCAGCUCAGUAACACUCAAUAGGAAGAUGGCUUAACAUCAUUAUUAUAUUGCAAUUUUAAAAUGUGACAGUGUGGUUGCAUGCCAGUGGUUUUGACAUCACAUCCCCAAAGUGAUGGAAUGGCCCUUCAUGUGAAGUUGAGGCAAGAUCACACUGGCCUGCCCACUGGGGCCACGGAUGUGGCUUUCACACCUUUGACACCUUCUAGCAAGGCGGGCAUCUUCCAAGGGUCUGUCCUUCCUCCAGAAGCCUCCAGGUGGUUGAGUUGGAAAUGAGCAGGUUUGGCCCAAGUGCCCCUCUCGUGACCUCCAGGGCUGGCACUUGGUGGAGACAGCAAGCAGCAUCCCCCUCAUGGAGUGUGCUCAUUGUUCUCACCCACCCUUUGGAGACACUGUCCAGGCUCUGCAUGCUCAGAGGGGUGAAUCAGUGCAGUCUCAAUACAUAUGUGCAUAGAUAGAAAAAUGGGCUACCAUCUUGAAUCUCAGGAUGAUGUUCCCCAAACAUUGGUGUUAGCAUACAAACAACAGGGGCAUGACUCCCUGGUCAAGCAAUAAAGUCUCUUCUGACUCUCCAA